ACCCGCGCAGGCGCAGGCGCCCCAGAGUCCGGCCACAGUCCGGGAGCCCAAGGUUGCGGGUGCCACCGCAGCCCCUUCCUCCGCUCACUAUGAUCCUGGGUCCCCGUCUGCUGCUGGCCACGGUGCUCUGCCUGGGCCUCGGCGCGCUCGUGUCUUCUUCUGGGUCCUCAGGCGUCCGAAAGCGAGGUCCCACGGUGACGGCCAAGGUCUUCUUUGAUGUGAAGAUUGGAGACAAAGAUGUGGGUAGAAUUGUGAUUGGCCUCUUUGGAAAAGUGGUACCCAAGACGGUGGAGAACUUUGUGGCUCUGGCAACAGGAGAGAAAGGCUACGGGUAUAAAGGAAGCAUCUUCCAUCGCGUCAUCAAGGACUUCAUGAUUCAAGGAGGGGACUUCACGGCUAGAGAUGGCACCGGAGGGGUGAGCAUCUAUGGUGAGACCUUUCCUGAUGAGAACUUCAAACUGAAGCACUAUGGGAUUGGAUGGGUCAGCAUGGCCAAUGCUGGCCCUGACACCAAUGGCUCCCAGUUCUUCAUCACCUUGACUAAGCCCACCUGGUUGGAUGGCAAGCAUGUUGUAUUUGGAAAAGUCCUGGAUGGGAUGACUGUGGUACACUCCAUAGAACUUCAAGCCACGGAUGACCAUGACCGCCCGCUCACUGACUGCACCAUCGUGAACAGUGGCAAGAUAGAUGUGAAGACGCCCUUUGUGGUCGAGGUUCCUGACUGGUGACAGAAAUGUCGGAAAACAGGGAACACACUUUGGCUGGUCCGUGUGUGCAUCUGCUAGCUGCUACCUGUCUUUUGACUCUUUAGUUGCUUAAAGUUGUGCUCUUUUAUCUCCCAGUUCAGAUUGCAACAAAAAUUUAAAAAUCAACCACACAGCCAGAUGUCCUGGCAAACACCUGUAACCCCAGCAUUUGGGAGGUGGAGGCAGGAGGAUUAGGGAUUCAGGGCCAGUCUUUGCUAAAUAGUGAGUUUGAAGCUAGUCUAGUCUAGUUCUGUUUCAAAAACACCAUGCCAACAACUAUAAAAAUCAACCAACAUUUAUUGUGCAUGGAUUUUGGCAUAUCAUCCACUCAGGUGCUAUAAACUGAAACAACAUAUCCUUUGUUUUCAAUGGUGCUAUGCUUAAAUCAAAAAAACUUUGUAUUGGCUAUUUAUUUUUCAGAACAUGGUUGCUUAUUUGUUUAGUUCCACUCAUUUCCUUGUAAUCUCCAUGUUCAGUGAUCUGGAAGUUUGUUUGAGAAAGGUAGCUACAGUGACACUUAGCAUUCUUCAUUCAAAUAAUUCUUGACAGGUAAAGGGAAACUUGAGGAAUAUCACAUGUUGUAUGUCAUCGGCAUUUUUGUGCUGUGAUGUUCUUUAUAUUAAAUGCUUUUUAUAUAAAUUGGCUCUUUUGUAA